AUGAUGGCUGAUAAAAGGCUCUUUGACAAAAUUGAGAGCGUGGAACCUAGAACCAUAGCCCUUGGAGACGGCAACCGUAUACGCGCAGAAAGAAUGGGAACGGUAACGAUACCGACUUUAGAACACGAGCAUGAACGGAAGUUACUAGUUCUGAAGCGCGUGCUUUAUAUACCCGACCUGGAUACAAAUCUCGUCUCAUGUGCUGCGCUGGACAUGGAUGGAUACACAACUCACUUUGGGGAUGGUCGCUGUGAAAUUCGUCUCGGUAAUGAAGUUAUGUGUAUUGGCAAACUAAAAGGUGGCCUCUAUGUGAUGCAAAUUAGCCCUUCGAGGGACAGUGAAUUGGUGGUUAUAGAUCACUCGAAAUCAGGGGAGGAACUUUGGCACCGACGUUUUGGCCACGUAUACAAACGAACACUGAAAGACAUGGCGACACGAGGAACUCAGGCUCGACUUACUCUAAAGUCACGCUCUCACAAAGAAAGUGGACCUGGUGAUGUGAUAUUCACCGAUGUCUGUGGACCUCUACCCGUGAAGAGUUUGAGCGGAAAGGUUUACUUCAUCACUAAGUUUGAUUGCAAAGUGAAACUACUGUACUCGGAUAAUGGGGGAGAAUAUCAAGGACUCGUAGAAUACCUGGAAAAGCAAGGUAUUGAAUGGGAACCCUCCGCCCCAUACACACCCCAACAAAAUGGGGUUGCCGAGCGUCUCAACAGGACGCUCAUGUAG